UGCCGGCCCGGCGAUUGGCAUCUCCUCCGGGCUCGCCUGCGCUCGCUGCGGUGCAGAGCCACCCCUGCCCGGCGGCCCCGCUCGGGCUCGGGCCCGGGCCGCGCGGGAGAGGCGGCUUCGGCGGCGGCCCCUGCAGCCCUUUGUGCGGUUGCAGCUGCAGCCAUGGAGGGCGCGGCCGGGCCGGCCCGCAGCCUGCAGGACGAGCUGACCUGCCCCGUGUGCCUGGAGUACCUGCGGGACCCGGUCAUGGUCUCGGACUGCGGGCACAACUUCUGCCGCGCCUGCGUCACCAAGUGCUGGGAGGACUCGGAGCGCGGCCUGGGCUGCCCCCAGUGCCGGGAGCCGGUCGCCCACCGCCUCUUCCGGCCCAACCGGCCCCUGGCCAACAUCGUGGAGAUCGUCAAGCGCUUCGGGGCCCAGGCGGCCGCCGGGCCGGGGGCGGCCGGGGCCGGGGUGUGCGAGCGGCACGGGGAGGCCCUGAAGCUCUUCUGCCAGGAGGACCGGAAGCCCGUCUGUCUGGUUUGCCACCUGUCCUGGGACCACCGAGCCCACCGGGUGGUGCCCAUAGAAGAGGCUGCCCGGGGCUGUAAGGAGGCGCCACAAGAGCAUCUGGCCGGUCUGAGAAAAGACAGAGAAGAAGCCAAAGCCAAUGAGGAGAAGAGAAGUGAGGAGCUGCUGAAACAGACAGAAGCCGAGAGACAGAAGAUCCUCUCUGAGUGUAAGGAGCUGCGUGGGUUCCUGGAGGAGAAGGAGCAGUUCCUGCUGUCCCGGCUGGAAGCGCUCGACGGAGACAUUGCCCAAAGAAGGGAUGAGAGUGUCUCUAAACUCUCAGAAGAAAUUUCCCACAUUGACAAACUGAUCACUGAGAAGGGAGGAGAGACGGGGCAGCAGCCGGUGAGCCAGUCCGCGCAGGGUGGUGGCGGCGGCAGCAGGAUCGGCAGCGAGAACUGGACAUUUCAGAAGCCGGAGCCUGCGUUUGCGGAGCUGGAAAAAAGACUCAGGAGUUUCUCUCAGAAAAGCGCCGUCCUGAAGGAAGUCCUGCUGGAGUUCAAAGAAAAUCUGCGCUUUGAGCUGGAGAACGACACAGCCGAUAUAACUCUAGACCUGGACACCGCAAACCCCUACCUGGUGCUGUCCGAGGAUAAGCGCAGCGUGAGGCUGAGGAGCGCCCCGCAGGACAUGCCGGCCAGCCCCAAGAGAUUCGAUUACUCCUUCUCUGUCCUGGGGGCUGAGGGCUUCACCUCGGGGAGGCACUACUGGGAGGUGGAAGUUGGGGACGGGGACAGCUGGGCCGUGGGGGCUGCCAGGGAGUCGGUGAGGAGGAAGGAGAAGAUCGACUUCUCGCCCGAGGAGGGGAUCUGGGCGGUGGGGCUGAAUUGGAAGGGCAAGAACUGGGACCAAUACCAGGCUUUCACCUCCCCUGAGACUCCCCUGUCCCUCUGCGAGAGGCCCAGGAAGAUCGGGGUCUACCUGGACUACGAAGGGGGGUGGGUGGCAUUCUACAACGCUGAUAACAUGGCCCCCAUCUUCACCUUCACGGCCGCCUUCUCGGAGAAAAUAUUCCCUUUCUUCUGGCUCUUCUACGUGGGCUCCUCCCUCACACUUUGCAACUGACACGCCUGGCCUGGUUUGCUCCUUAAGGGGACCUGCAAAGGGUGGGGGUCCUGGCCCCUCUGUUCUUUGUUGUUGUUGGGGUGUUUUUUUUGUUUUUUUGCUGCUUUCUGAGGCGUAAAGAGAGCCUGAAAGUUUGAAAUGAUCUUUUUCCUCCAAACUUUUCUCUUCUCAUUACACUAGAAAUUCAGAGCUUGUCUACCCUGGAAAAUGCCAUGGCCUGCUGGGAAUCUCUGCUUAGAUGCUGAGGAGCACAAGUUAUAUUGCCUUUCAAUGUGACUUGCGCUCCUAGGUGGUUUUUUAACAACCACCCCUCCUUCCCCCCCCCACCUGUCCUGGAAGACUAUAGCCCACUGGAGACCUGGCAGCCAUACCAAAGAACCUGCUUGAGAUGAAGUGAAUUAGGUUAUUCAGGCAGGUUGUUUUUUUUUAACACCCCACUAACUCAGUUGCCCUACACACACUUGGGAGAAAAGCUCUCUUUGUUAAUGAUUCACCACUCCCACCUGCUCGUUUGAGCUCCUGAUCCACAUCUCUGAAAUCUCCAGUAAGUCUGCCAGAGAAGACUAGACUUGAUUCUCCUGAUGUCUCAGUGGUAAAUCAAGCUGUGUGGGGGAAGAAGGCAUAAACAGCUGGGCCUUUUUUUUGCACUUUGCAGGUCACCUUUUGCAAAUGUAGCUGCUGCAAUUCCCUCUCCCCUUCCUCAGCAAUAGGAUGCUUUCUCUCAUAACACAAUGUUACCCCUUCUCCUGGCCGCUAGCACGUAACAAGCGUAAAGCCUGCUUCCCCUUCUGUUGCUUUCCCUAUGUUGUCAAAUACCUAGUGAGUGUUAUAGGGUUGCCCUUGAUGUUGGUGUUUUGGGGCCUUAUUGAGGCUGCUGGAAGCCCAGGGCCUCAGUUUUGGUCAGGCUUGUUGGGCAUGAGCUGUAGGUGACCUAAGGGCUGGGGGGGGUGGUGGUCUGUGAUAACCUGCUGAUCCACUGGUAAAUGGAGCCAACUUGUCUAGAGGCCACAUUCUGGAGUUACAUGUGAGAUAAGCAAGGGCAAUCGAACCCAGGGGGUUCCCCCUGAGGUUGGAUGAUGUUUCUGAGUUACACUAGCACAACUGCAAGUUACAGCAGUCUGGAGUGACUCCAGUGUCAAUUGAGAGCAGACUCUCCAGGAGUUAGUCCAGAUUUGAUUCCAGCCCUAAACCCCAUUGCUUUCAGGAGUUGCCCUGGUUGAACACAGAUGCAACAGGGUAAAGUUAACCAGAGGGGUUUUCCAUCUGCUUGUAUCUAAGUCCAGCCCAGCAUUCACUCUAGCCUCUGUAACCCCAUCAGUGCUGUGUCUCUCUGAACUGUCACUCUGUUUCGUAGGAAAAUAAAAUUCACUGUGCAAAUAGAAAAA